AUGGACUUGAACCAGAAAAAGAAUACAGGGAAACUAUACAGUCCUGAGAUGAAAGCAUUCGCUCUUUCCCUUUAUUACAUCAGUGGAAAGGCAUACAAAUUGUUGUCAAAAUUCUUCAAGCUUCAAUCCAAAAGCAGUCUGAUGAAAUGGGUAGCUGCAUUUCCAACUGCUCCGGAGCUGACCCCAGCUGCAAAGGAAGCUCUAGCCAGAAAAGUCAAGAUUAUGAGCGAGUCCAGUAAUUUGUGUACUAUCACAAUGGAUGAGAUGGCCCUUAAGGCUGACCUGUUGUACGAUCCUGGUAAAGAUCAAGUCAUUGGUGUUGAAGGUGUUUUUUUUUGGAGAAGCAGCCUCAUUGCAACAUCUGCACUAGUCUUCAUGGCCCGUGGUAUAAAUGAAAACUGGAAGCAGCCCCUGGGAUAUCUUCUAGUCCAUGAAUCCUGCCUCAGUGAUAAGAUCAAAGCUACAUUGUUGGACAUGAUUGAUGAAAUAACAUCAAUUGGACUCCAUGUUGCAACUGUUGUUUCUGACUUGGGCUCCAAUUUCCAAAAGAUGAUUAAAAGCCUUGGUGUAACACCAACACAACCAUGGUUUUGGCACAAAGGUAGAAUGAUCUUCUAUCUAUUUGAUGCACCACACAUAAUAAAGGCUUGA